GUCAAGAAACUUCCACGCAUCUACAAAAUAACAUUUCUUGUUUUUGUCCUUUUCCGCCUGAGUAUGGCUUCUGUAAUCAAUUCUGAAUCUACAUUGAAUUGCUGAAACGAAAUGCUGCCGCUAAUCUGUUUGCCGGCGCCCAGAUUAGUACUCUUUUUCUCAUGCUCAUCUAUACAAAAUCAUUUUGGGUGUAUGCGAGAUGAAUUUGGGGAACGUAACAAAUGCGGUUAAAAUUUUAUAGUUUUUUGGGUUAAGGUUGUAUUUCUGUUUUUGCAUAAACUAUAGGUUAUCUAUCAAUUUACGUUUCUUCCCUUUUGGGUGUUUUCUGAACCUAGUUUCUCUUCAAUUUCUGUGGGUUUAUAAUUUUAAUUUCAGUUGACGUGCCUUAGCUUCCAUCUGUAAAUAACUGAGGAUUUAGUCCAUUUCAGCAAAUUGGAGUUAUUGAAGUUGUAAUAACCCUGUAUGUAUCUGGAAGCUUAUAAACGUCGGUAAGAGUAUGGAAGUCGGCGCAACGUAUACGAAGUCUCCUCUGCCGCCUUCUCAUUAUCUGGCUGUUUAAAUUCACAUUUCGUUGAAUUUUCUCGAGUUUCACGAUAGAUAUAACUACAUGAAAAUUUUUCCACUUCUAUAUUAGAAAUAAAGCAUUUACAAUCUCCCCAAUUUGGUAUUUUUAUUAUUUUGGCCUGCAAGAACUUGGAUUUAUUACACGAUUCUUGUGAAAUUGGUUUGAGGGUUUGUUUGAUUCUCUACCUUUUGAUCUGUUGAUUUGUAGUUGGAAUCAGGUUGUGUGUGUUGCAUUUUUGGGGUAAUUGAUUCUUAAGAGCUUUUUGGAUUCCCUGGUUUUUGUUAGAUAUUCUGGUAAUUGAUUUUGACAGUUUCUUUGAUUCUCGGAUUAAGAAUUUUGACUUUUUUGUAGGUAAAUUGAAUUGAUGGGAAAUAAAAGUUCAAGUCCUAGGGAUGGGGCAAGUUGGAGGCAAUCUUCAUCAUUCUCAUCCAGUUCCUCAAACUCGUGGCAACACGAACAUCCUCAAUCAACAUAUUCACAAUACACUCAGAAUUAUCCUGUGCAGCAUCCUUAUCCAGCACCUAAUCAGUACUAUGCUCCUGAAAAUUAUGGGGCUCCAUCCCAAUCACAUGCUCCACAAAAGAAGCUAGACAGGAGGUAUUCGAGGAUUGCAGACAAUUAUAAUUCAUUAGAGGAGGUGACUGAAGCUCUUUCACGUGCUGGCCUUGAGUCUUCCAACCUCAUUGUUGGUAUUGAUUUCACCAAGAGCAAUGAAUGGACAGGCAAGAGAUCAUAUAAUGGUCGAAGCUUACAUCAUAUUGGAAGUGGUUUAAAUCCCUAUGAACAAGCUAUAUCCAUUAUCGGGAAAACCUUGGCGGCUUUUGAUGAGGAUAACUUGAUCCCCUGUUUCGGAUUUGGAGAUGCAUCAACCCAUGAUCAAGAUGUAUUCAGUUUCUACCCGGACGAGAGAUUUUGCAACGGAUUUGAAGAUGUGUUAAGUCGCUACAGGCAGAUUGUUCCUAAUCUAAAAUUGGCAGGACCUACAUCAUUUGCACCUAUAAUUGAAAUGGCCAUGACUAUUGUUGAGCAGAGUGGAGGCCAGUACCAUGUUUUGCUAAUUAUUGCUGAUGGACAGGUAACCAGAAGUGUUGAUACUGGAAGCGGUCAGUUAAGUCCACAGGAGCGGCAAACUGUUCAGGCAAUCGUCGAAGCCAGCAAGUUUCCAUUGUCUAUUAUUUUGGUUGGGGUUGGAGAUGGCCCCUGGGAUAUGAUGAAGGAAUUUGAUGAUAAUAUUCCUGCUCGUGACUUCGAUAAUUUCCAGUUUGUAAAUUUUACAGAGAUUAUGUCCAAAAAUGUGCAACAGUCUCGAAGAGAAACAGAAUUUGCUCUUUCGGCAUUGAUGGAAAUUCCAUCCCAAUACAAAGCAACAAUGGAGCUUAAUUUGUUGGGUGGAAGGAAAGGAAAUGCUCCCGAGAGGGUUGCGCUUCCACCUCCUGUGUAUGGUGCAGCAUCAGGCCACAGUUCGAAAUUCUCAAAUGAAACUAGUUUUCAACAUAGCUCGAGUUCAUAUUAUGACCACAAAAGUUCUGCUGCUCCGAGCUCUACUUAUGACAAUCAGAUUUGUCCCAUUUGCCUUAGUAACCCAAAGGACAUGGCAUUCGGUUGUGGGCAUCAGACGUGUUGCGACUGUGGACAAGACCUUCAGGUUUGUCCAAUUUGCCGAAGUCCAAUCGAAACCAGAAUAAAGCUCUACUAAGUAUCUUAUUAUGUACAGAGCUCGAUCUCAUUUCCGUUACCAAAUUUGUUACAAUGUAAAAAAGCAGUAGUAGCUUCAGUGGAUGCAGCCUGCUUAGUUUAUGGUGAUCACCAUAUGUACAUUAUGAUGGUCAUUCAUUGUUUUUGGUUUUUUAAUUUUUGGGCUGUUGCCAGAAAGGUUAACAUUAUUCAAAAAUUGAAUGUUAUCCUGUUUGUUUUUUCCAAUGGUUUGUUGAUUGCAGUUGAGGAUUGAGGGUUUUACCUGUUGAUGUUCUUUUUGUGUUGAAACAAGAUUCGUUGUA